AUGAUUGUCUCUUGUUUUGGUGAGCCUCCCAAGCGCAAGACCAAGAAGAGUACCAAGCCAAAGCAGACACCCUCACGGAAGCCGUCCAAGUUGACCGUCAAGUACUCUUUUACCUCUGAUCCGGAUCGACCCAUGGACCUGCCUCAAUACACAAUGAUGCCCGACGGUACAUGGCAUUCCAACAAAUACCCGAGUUACGUCGGUACGCAAGCCGAGUGGACUGCGGCACAGCGUCUUCAGCAACAUCAGGACACGCUGAACAGCACACUGGCUCAGAUCAAGAAGACGGAAGAGAGCAUGGCCAAGCUACAUGGCUCGGUUGGCGAUCUGAAGAAGGCACAGGCCGAGCAAGCAAAGGCGCAUGAUGCCCAUGCUCAGAAGCAGAACGAAUGUCUUGCCGAAGUCCAAAAGGUAUACAAUCACCUCGACUCCGCUGCCAAGCAGAGAAAUGAGCGCAAGAAGAUGCAAGAAUGGCAACGCCAGUUGGUGCGCGAGUACGAUGAAGGCAGAGAGGCCGAGCGGCAGACCAUUACAAACGCCGCCCAGAUUCGAAAGGAGGAGGAAACCGCCGCCACCCUUCGAGCCGUCAAGAAGGAGUGGGAAGCCGAGAAGCAGGAAAUCUUGAAGCGGCGACAGCAACAGCAGCACGAGGAGGAAGAAGAGGCCCGACGUCAGGCUGCAGAGAGCCACGCAAAAGAGCUUCGGGCGCUUCGAGAAGAGAUCAAGACCGAGAGAGAGGUGGCACUCGAGCAACAGCAACAACUCAAUGCUCAGCGCAAGGCUGACGAGGAGGCGCUGGAGCGAGCUCUUCAGCGCCGCCGGCGUAUCGAGGAGGAAGAUCGUCAGAGGCAAGACCGAGUCCGCAGUGAGGCAGAGGACCGAUAUGAACGUCUCACGGAGCGUGUCCUGCGUCAACGCCACCCCGAGCGUGAGGCAUCGACCACGACAGCUACCUCGGCUGGCAGCAUGUUUGAUCGCGAGCGCCGCCCAUACUGGGCAGGGCCAGUUGCGUCCUCACGGCGGGGGCGGCCGGUCCAGUACGUGGAAUACUAUCCUUACGAGUAUAUGCCCUGGGUAGAGGAGACUGUGGAGGAGGAGGAAGAAUUCCCCUCAUACUACGUCCCGAGCCCCGGCCAUAAGGGGCGUCGCCGUACGACGUUACGCGGCUCAGGACGACGGGCGUACCACGCAUGGGACUAUUGA